AUGUACACCAUACUCUUCCUCCCCCUUCUCACCCUCCUAUCAACUCUCACUCUAACAACCGCCCUCCCACCCCGUCCAAAAUCCAAGUACCCCCUCCCCUACCACCACCCCAUCGCCCGCAGCACCUGCCCGACCACCCACCUCCCAACCACCGCCCAAUACCAAUCGGCGCUAUCAUCCUACUGCGCACACUUCCCCGACUCCCUAACCCCACAAAAGCCUCUCGUAUACACGUACGAGCUCACCGACGGGCGCGGGUACCCGAUCAAGUGGAUCCUCAGCACCACGUGGGACGACAAUGGGAACCGGGCGAACGGCGGCAGCGAGGGCGUUAUGACGGUUCAGCAGGAUAGUUGCGAGGAAUGGUUUAGGGCGUUGGAAAAUGCUUGUGAGGGGGGACUUAUGCAGGGGGGGAAGACCAAUGUGUUGGAGGGGAGGGUCAAGGGGGCGAAGGUUUGGGUGGAGACGAGGCAGAUGAAUGGGGAUUCGUUUGUGCCGCCACAGGAGUAG